AUGAUUGAUAAUGGAAAUAGAAGGGGGUGGGAAAAACAACCUGUUUUAAUAGAUCAUAUUAACACUAUUAUAAUCGUUUCGAUUACUUUUAUUUUCGCCCCCUCUCUCUCUCUCGACCUGUUUCUCUGGCAGUCUGUUUAUUAUCUAUCUUCAUCUAUCUAUCUAUCUAUCUAUCUAUCUAUCUAUCUAUCUAUCUAUCUGUUCAUUAUCUAUCUAUCUAUCUAUCUAUCUAUCUAUCUGUUCAUUUUUCUAUCUAGGCAGCCUGUUCAUUAUCUAUCUAUCUAUCUAUCUAUGUGUAGUCUGUUCAUUUUCUAUCUAGAGCAGCCUGUUCAUUAUCUAUCUAUCUAUCUAUCUAUCUAUCUCUAUCUAUCUAUCUAUCUAUCUAUCUAUCUGUGGCAGUCUGUUUUAUUAUCUAUCUAUCUAUCUAUCUAUCUAUCUAUCUAUCUAUCUAUCUAUCUGUGUAGUCUGUUCAUUUAUCUAUUUCUAUCUCUAUCUAUCUAUCUAGUAUCUGUGGCAUCUGUUCAUUAUCUAUCUAUCUAUCUAUCUAUCUAUCUAUCUAUCUAUCCUAUCUAUGUGUGGUAUCUAUUUCAUUUUCUAUCUAGAGCAUCUGUUCAUUAUCUAUCUAUCUAUCUAUCUAUCUAUCUAUCUAUCUAUCUAUCUAUCUAUCUAUCUAUUUCCAGGUCUGUUCAUAUCUAUCUAUCUUUAAAUUUUCACAUUUUCAUUCUAAUCUAUCUAUCUAUGUAUCUAUGUAUCUAUGUAUCUAUCUCUAUCUAUCUAUCAAAUACUUUUCAUUAUCUAUCUAUUUCGCCUGUUUAUAUCUGUCUAUCCAUUGUUUUUCGCCCUGUUUACAUAUAUGAAAUUCUCUUCACUAUCUUACUUUUUUCUAUCAAAUUCUCAUCAUUUUCUAUGUAUCUAUCUAAUUCUGUUCAUUACCUAUCUAUCUAUUUAUCUAUCUAUCUCUCUUCUUUAUCUGUGUAUCUAUCUGAUAUAAUUCUGUUCAUUAUCUAUCAACCUCUUUUCAUUAUCUAUCUAUCUAUCUAUCUAUGUAGACACACAAUAAUGAUGUAG